AUGCAGAUCUUCGUCAAGACUCUCACUGGCAAGACCAUCACCCUCGAGGUCGAGUCGUCGGAUACCAUCGACAAUGUAAAGGCCAAGAUCCAGGAUAAGGAGGGCAUUCCCCCUGACCAGCAGCGCUUGAUCUUUGCCGGCAAGCAGCUCGAGGAUGGCCGCACCCUCUCCGAUUACAAUAUCCAGAAGGAGUCUACGCUCCACCUCGUCCUCCGUCUCCGUGGCGGUAUGCAAAUCUUCGUCAAGACCCUGACCGGCAAGACCAUCACCCUUGAGGUGGAAUCUUCCGACACCAUCGACAACGUCAAGGCGAAAAUCCAGGACAAAGAGGGUAUCCCACCCGACCAGCAACGUCUUAUCUUUGCUGGCAAGCAACUUGAGGAUGGUCGCACCCUCUCUGACUACAACAUUCAGAAGGAGUCCACCCUUCACCUUGUCCUUCGCCUCCGCGGUGGUAUGCAGAUCUUUGUCAAGACUUUGACCGGAAAGACCAUUACCUUGGAAGUGGAGUCGUCAGACACCAUUGACAACGUGAAGGCAAAGAUCCAAGACAAGGAGGGCAUCCCGCCUGACCAGCAGCGCCUCAUUUUCGCUGGCAAGCAGUUGGAGGACGGCCGGACUCUGUCCGACUACAACAUUCAAAAGGAGAGCACCCUGCACUUGGUGUUGAGACUUCGUGGUGGCAUGCAGAUUUUCGUCAAGACCCUCACGGGAAAGACGAUCACAUUGGAGGUCGAGUCUUCGGAUACGAUUGAUAAUGUGAAGGCCAAGAUUCAGGACAAGGAGGGUAUUCCUCCUGACCAGCAGCGCCUGAUUUUUGCUGGCAAGCAGUUGGAGGACGGCCGGACUUUGUCCGAUUACAACAUCCAGAAGGAGAGCACACUCCAUCUGGUGCUCCGUCUCCGUGGUGGACAGUAA